UGCAGACUUCGGCACUUUUGUCUCCGUUGUAAAAUUGGGCCAUGCUCGAGCUGCAGUAAAACAGCAAGUGCGAGAAGCAGCUUCGGACGUGCAGUUCCAGCAGCUGCCCGGGAUCCCUCGUCGUGCCUCGCCCUGCCUGCCCCCUCGGUCGGUGGGGCUGCUCCGCGCUCGUCCACCUCGCGGCCCCUCGCCGAGGACCCGUUGCGCCCAGCGCCUCCUGCGUUCUCGCUUGCAGCUUGGGCAGUUAAAUGCCUGCGGCAGCUUCACACGGUUUACCGGAUGGUAGAAUUGCCGGAGACACACCAGAUGCUUCGUCAAACUUGCCGGGACUUUGCCGAAAGGGAACUGGUGCCCAUCGCUGCUCAGCUGGAUAAGGAGCACCGCUUUCCGGCAGAGCAGAUUAAGAAGAUGGGGAGCCUUGGACUGCUAGCAGUGGAUGUCCCUGAGAAGUACGGAGGAGCAGGACUGGACUACCUGGCUUAUUCCAUUGCCGUGGAGGAGAUCAGCCGCGGCUGCGCAUCCACCGGCGUCAUCAUGAGCGUGAAUAACUCCCUCUAUUUAGGACCAGUUUUGAAGUUCGGGUCUGAAGAGCAGAAACAGAAGUGGAUUACUCCCUUUUGCAGUGGGGACAAAAUCGGCUGCUUUGCCCUGAGCGAACCAGGAAACGGGAGCGAUGCAGGAGCAGCUUCGACAGUCGCCCGACUGGUUGGCCAGGAGUGGGUCUUGAAUGGCACCAAAGCCUGGAUCACCAAUGCCUGGGACGCCUCCGCGGUGCUGGUGUUUGCCACCACGGACAGGGACCUGAAGCACAAGGGCAUUAGCGCCUUCCUGGUUCCCAUGCCAACUGCUGGCCUGUCCUUGGGAAAGAAGGAGGACAAGCUGGGGAUCCGGGCAUCGUCCACCGCCAACCUCAUCUUCGAGGACUGCCGCGUCCCCAAGGCCAGUCUCCUGGGCGAGCUGGGAAUGGGCUUCAAGAUUGCCAUGCAAACCCUGGACUCCGGGAGGAUUGGCAUUGCCUCCCAGGCCUUGGGAAUAGCCCAGGCAGCUCUGGACUGUGCUGUGGAUUACGCCGAGAAGAGAGCGGCCUUCGGCGCCCCCAUCUCCAGACUGCAGGCCAUCCAGUUCAAGUUGGCUGACAUGGCCCUGGCCCUGGAGAGCGCGCGCCUGCUGACCUGGAGGGCAGCCAUGCUGAAGGACAACGGCCGGCCAUACACGCAGGAAGCCGCCAUGGCCAAGCUGUCUGCGUCGGAGGCCGCAACAUCCGUUGCCCACCAGGCGAUCCAGAUCCUGGGUGGGAUGGGCUACGUGACCGAGAUGCCGGCGGAACGCCACUACCGCGAUGCUCGCAUCACGGAGAUCUACGAGGGCACCAGUGAGAUACAGCGGCUGGUGAUCGCGGGGCAGCUGCUGAAAGCGUAUCGUGGCUGAGCGCUUGUCUUCUGCGGGCCUCUGCCGCUGUGUGUGGACGGUUUGUCUGCUGCUGGUGUGCAGAGAUGCGGGGACUCGUCCUGGCAGCCCUGCAGAGACUGACCGGCCCACCACCACUCGCCCCCGUGCUUAUCCUGCACGGUGUCAGAUCGAGGCAGCAGGUCUGGCUGAGAGUCAGUUUGGCCUGGUGACGUUUUAGGUUUUGCUGACAUGGGAGCUUCGUACACAAUGAUAAGCAACUUCUAUUAUUUUGCACCCUGUGCCUUCCAGAGCAGCCAGAAAAUGAGACUGCGCCAGGCGCCUUGGACGCGGCCAGGGCCUGCUGUGCGCACUGCCAGCUCUCACACACACAUGCAGUGUCUGGUUCAGAGUUGCCGUUAAUAAAUUACUGGGCUGUCUUGUCUGAA